AUGUCGGAAAAAGUGUACAUGAACAAGGAGUGGCACGGCCUGCCCGUCCCAGAAUAUAUCACCACACCGCUUCCUACAGCAGCAGAGCUUGUGCAUCUCUGCAACAAAACUCACGAGCUGGGCUAUACUUCGAGCUUGACUUACCCGCCAGAUGCAAAAUGUCCAACAUACUGGAUCAAAUAUGGGAGCUCCGUCAUUUGGAAUGAGCUCGCUUCAACAAAAAUGGCCUAUGAAGGGCUGCGCAGUCUUGGCUCACCAGUCAGAGUCCCAGCCGUCUACUACGGCUGUCGACUAGCCAUUCCCCAUAAAGACAACCCCUCGAGGGUGCCCGUAUACCGAACGUAUCUGGUCAUGGAAUACGUCAAGGGUCAAACGGCUGAGCAGCUACUGCAAGAUGCGGGCCAUGACGAAGAAAAAAAAGACAGCACAUAUAAACAGAUCGCCUUUGCCUUGUCCGAGCUGCACCGCAUUCCGGUACCAGAGGGCGCGAGGCCUGCCGCAGUCAACGGCGGCAGGAUUCGGCACGAGCUGUUUGAUGAGAACCAGGCCUCACUCCACUACCGUAAUGUGACCGAGUUAGAGGACCACUUCAACCUGAUUCUUUCCUUGACCAAGGCCCGGAGCCGCGUCGAGAACCUUGCCCGGGAGCCAAUGGUGUUUUGUUACUCGGACGUCUGGCUGGGCAACUUUAUGUUUGAUGACGAGGGCGCCAUCACGGUGGUGGACCUGGAAGACGCCAGCAUCCUGCCCUCUAGCUUCUCCAGGUUCGUUCUCGCCGGGACCAGGGCCAAGAUUGACCGUGACAUCAGCGACAUGGUCGUGGUGCCGAAGACAGAGGGCGUAGACAACACAACCGCCUUGUUUGCCGUCGCGCGCCCAAUGGUGACGGGCUCGGGCUCUCUGGCAACAGCGGGUCGGAAGCUUCUCGGGAAUUACGAACGAGACGAGCCCGACCAGGUGCACAAGGUCGUCAAGGACGCUCAGGGCCUGCCUGUGAUUUUCGCCAUCGAGCCAACGAGUCCGCUCCAAUAUCCAACAUUCACGGGGCCGCCUUCGCCACUGCCGUUGCAGCCUUGUUUGCCCCCCGAAGCGGGCGAAGCUUGCCGGCCUCCGCCUCCCUUGUGGCUUGGAAAGGGCCAGCAGUAG